AUGACUCCAUUACACAUCUUGGCUCUUGCUCAAAAGCCUGUCGUGGAACUGCUUCAAAAGCUACUUGCUGGAUUCGAUGUGGCUCGAACCGAGGAUUUCUUUGGAUCGACCGUGUUGGAGUACCUUUCCAAGAAUCCGUUAGAGGAAGGAAAACAUGCAACUCGAUGGCUGGUAAAUCGCCUUGUUGGCGAAAGACUACCAUUUAUGGGGCUGGAUCGUUGCAAACAAGAACUACUUGCUGAGGAGGAAAGAGUCGUCCGCGCUUCGAAACAAGGAGUCUCGAGCAACGACGAAGUCCAGUGUUUCUUGGACAUGCUCAUGGAGUUGGAAUUGGUGGAGAUGCUAUCGUUGUUGAAACUGAAGCUAUGGAAAAAGAAAUUGGACGAGAAUCUUGGAAAGGUGAAGCAAGAUUCUUCCCGCCAGAGUUGUCGAGUUGGUUGCGGCAUUUCCAUAGUUGUUCAACACGUGUUGCCUUUUCUCGGUGAACAAGUGGGUCAUACAUAG